AUGGAUAUCAUGGAAAGAGCGAAUAAUUGGUCCCCAGGCAACUACAUGGAUGACAAUGAACUUCUGCAAGAAAUCGCGGGACAAACCCAUUCCUCGCUAGACGACCUAGAAGAUGUCUAUCCCUGCACUGCUCUCCAGGAGGGAAUGAUGGCUAUCACCAAAAAAGACCCAAUGGCCUACACUGUUGAAUACGAGUACCGGAUGUCGUGGGAAAUUGAUACUUUACGCCUCCAUAACGCGUGGGACUGCAUCUACCAGGCCAAUCCUAUUCUGCGCACACGAAUCAUUCCCACCCGCCUACAGGGGUGUGUGCAGGCAGUUGUCCGUGGUAGGAUACCCUGGGAGGAGCAGAAGCCUGGAUCUUUUGAUGCUGUGGGUUGUGAAUGGCGAGCUGGAGCACCGUUGGUGAAGUUCACCUUACUAUCAGACGCCGACAAUCAUCAACACACUUUGACGAUCCUAAUUCACCACGCGCUCUGUGAUGACUGGUCAAUGGCACUACUGUUGCAACAGGUGGAUUCAGCAUAUCACGGGAAGAAAAUCGCCUUUCACCCAUUCAGGCCUUUGAUUGACUAUAUCUCACAAUCUCGACGUGAGGCAGAAGUCUUUUGGGCGGCGGAAUUCGAGGACGCGCAUCAGUCAUCCAUGAAAGGAUUUCCAGCACGGCCCGCAGCCGGAUAUGAGCCCCAGCCUACCGAAUCACGGCAAUACCGUCUGUCCAGUUGCACAAAUGAAGGGCAGAGGUUCACAAUUAACUCAAAAGUGCGUUUGGCCUGGGCAAUCUUACAAUCACAUUACACGGGAUCCCCAGAUAAUGUUUUCGGGGCAAUCGACGCUGGUAGAGGAACACAAGUCCAAGGCAUUGAGAGCUUGAGCGGGCCAGCUUUGAAUUGUCUUCCGGUCCGUGUCAUACUGAACCCAGGCGAACGAAUAGUCGACGCACUACAUAAGGUUCAGAGUAAGUGGGCGGCGACAAUCCCUGUCCAGCAUAUUGGAUUGCAGAAUCUCUCUCGCUUGGGACAGGGGCCCGCGGCUGCAUGUCAAUUUCAGACGUUAUUGGCCGUUGAGCCACGUAACACACGGAGUAUUCCAAGCCUCUUUGUCAGCGGUCGAGAACUACAAAAGACAUAUGAUACAUACUCUCUUAUCUUGCGAUGCCGGCCAUCUGCCGAAUCCAUGUGUAUCGAAGCAUCCUUCGACCCGGCUGUCAUCACCCCUAGUCAGACGGAACGCCUGUUGCAGCAAUUUGCACAUAUCUACGAACAAGUAGAGAGCACCCCGGCCAUGACUCUCAGGGAUAUCAACACAAUCAGUCUCCAGGACAAGUUUGACUUAUGCCGUUGGAAUCUACCAGUACCGAUGGCUGCAUCACGGAGUGUGCUUCACCUAAUCUAUGAUCGUGUCUACCACAAUCCCCAGGAUACAGCUGUCUGCAGCUGGGAUGGGGACCUCACAUAUAAAGCACUCGACGGCCUCUCUUCCGCUCUAGCAAAUCGGCUGUUCUCGCUAGGAAUUAGGCCUGGUCAUUUUGUGCCAUUGUGCCUGGAAAAGUCGAAAUGGACGACGGUGAGCAUGUUGGCAGUAAUUAAGGCAGGGGCUGCUUUUGCAUUACUGGACCCGGCGUACCCGGUCCAACGCCUUCAAGAGAUGUAUCGCCAGCUUCAAGCUAGUCUGAUCAUUAUCUCGCCUGUAAAUGAGCCGAUUGUUUCUGUACUUACAGGAAGCCGUUUGAUUAUUGAUAGCACGAGAAUGGAGCCGUGGAUGAGUGACACUAACAAUGUUCUCUCUGAAGCCUUCAUUGCUACUCCACAAGAUGCCAUCUACGCCACAUUCACAUCAGGAUCAACCGGCACACCGAAAGGAGUAGUCGUCAACCACGAUGGAUUUGCCUCGAGCGCUUUGGCCCAUGGCGAACUUUAUGGCCUCACUCCCCAGUCCCGAGUCCUUCAAUUUGCAUCACCGGCAUUCGAUUCUUGCAUUAUCGAGCACCUCACUACAUUGAUCAUGGGUGGUUGCGUGUGUAUCCCCACCACGGCCGACUGCCAAAGCUCACUUGGGGACGCUGUAAGCCGAUUUGCUGUCAAUGUUGCAUGCCUGACACCCACUGUGACUCGGAUUGUAUCACCAGAGUCUCUCCAUUGCCUCGAAACUCUGGUAUUUGUUGGGGAGGCAGUCUUGGCCAGUGAUGUGGCGCGCUGGGAGCCGUAUGUCAAUGUGCGCAACGCUUAUGGGCCAGCAGAGUGUUCCGCGGUCUUCAGUGUUCAGCCCCACCUGCAAGUACAUGACCCUUCCAAUAUUGGAUUCCCCACAGGUGCUAUCGGUUGGGUUGUACAUUCUGAAGAUGAUCAAGUUCUGAUGCCAGUGGGAUGCAUCGGGGAAUUGCUGAUUGAAGGCCCAACGGUGGGACCAGGAUACAGCCUAAACCCCCAACGAACAGCAGCCGCCUUUGUUGAUGCACCUUCCUGGCGCCGACAGUUCGGAAGCUCAGGUGGGAAGGUGUACAAGACCGGGGAUUUGGUUCAGCAUGCAGGCGAUGGCUCUUUCCGUUACAUAGGGCGUAAGGACACGCAGGCCAAACUCCGGGGGCAACGGCUGGAAAUGGCUGAUAUUGAGCAUCAUCUGCGCGAUUCAUUUUCUCGCUCCACUGAUGUUGUGGCAGAGAUAUUGAGACCACAGGAUAUUUUGGUGGCCUUUAUCUGCACCGAUGAGCCCUUAUCCACCGCUUGUGCUAAAGAUGGACACGACAUAUUUGUUCCCCCUAGUGAUCAAUUCCGAACGGAAUGCUUUGCCGCGCAGAAAGAGCUAGCCAGUGCCCUCCCGGCAUUUAUGAUUCCAAGUCUGUUUUUGCCAGUCUCCCGGAUGCCAGUGACUACGUCUGGAAAGACCAAUCGUCGCGAACUGCAGAAAUGCGCGGCUCUUCUAUCUUGGGAAGACCUCCAAAGCUACCGUGGCAGCCCGUCGCAGUCUAGACGUUCUUCGACCUCUCGGGAAGAAAUCCUUCAACGGAUAUGGGCCCAAUCACUUAACCGUUCACCCGAAGAAAUGGAGGUGACGGAAAGUUUCUUCCGGUUGGGAGGAGAUUCGGUCAGUGCUAUGCAAGUGGCCGCCGCCUGCAAAUCAGCGGGUUUUAUGGUGACUGUCAGAGAUAUAUUUCGCUAUCAAAGCAUUGAGGAGUUAGCCGGCAAGAUGGGAACAUCAAGCAAUAGCUCUUACCUGUCUGCUGUGGCCGAUGAGGAUCCGAUCGACACUUGGUUCGGCUUGUCCCCAAUUCAACAGCUCUUUGUGCAGCAUACACCCGAGGGACAUGACAAGUUCACCCAGCAGUUCUUGUUAAAGGUUUCUAAACAUCAACCAGAAUCCAGGAUCCACCAGUCCAUUAGGGAUAUUGUCGACCGACAUUCAAUGCUGCGGGCAUUAUUUCGGCGGUUGCCAAAUGGGCAGUGGGAGCAAGCGAUCCGCCCAAAAGGUACAGACAGCUAUUAUUUCCGUGCGCACUCUCUUCCCUCGAUAGGGAUUCAAGGGCUUCGGGAUAUUCUCUCCAGGAGUCAACGGACGUUAGAUAUUAAGCAAGGAACUGUGUUGGCUAUUGAUCUCGUCACAACGCCGCAUCAGCAGUUUCUGUCAAUAAUGGCCCACCAUAUGGUCAUUGAUCUGGUGUCCUGGCGAGUGAUUUUGCAAGACCUAGAUGAGCUGCUAUUGACGGGAACGGUCUCUGGGUUGAAAUCGUUGUCGUUUCAGACUUGGUGUCUUUUGCAGCAUGAGUACAGUCGUGAGGCUCUGGAUCCCCGAAAAGCUCUUCCAAGAGAGAUCCCACCACCACCGGUCGAACUCAUCCAUACCGCUCUCGUGUAUGCAUUUUCGCAGACAUUUAAAGAUAGGCCUACGCCGACAAUAUUAAGUGAAGGUCAUGGGCGAGAGCCGUGGGACCAUCAAAUCGAUGUUUCACGUACGGUGGGCUGGUUUACCACUUUGGCCCCUGUUUUUGUGAAUGCAAAGAAGGACCAAGGAAUUGCAGAUCUACUCCAACGCCUCAAGGAGAGCCGCCGCUCUGUUCCUAGUAAUGGCUGGGGGUACUUUACUUCGCGCUAUCUUCACGAGGACGGGCCACGGCAUUUCCAGAACCACGGGCAGAUGGAAAUUAUUUUCAAUUACACAGGGCGGUUCCAGCAGCUUGAAGGAUCACAGGCACUUUUGAAACUGGCGACUCUCCCCGACCAUGACCUUAUUCCAGUUCCUCCAGAUUUGCCACGCUUUGCUCUGAUCGAUGUGUCGGCAACCGUCAUGGAUGGAUGCCUUCAUAUCUCAAUCUGGUACAAUCGACGCAUGAAGCAUCAAGAGAAGUUACACCAGUGGGUUCUGGGGUUCCAGAAGGCAUUGGAAUCUCUGCCCAUGAAUUUGAGACAGCAUCAGCGGUUUACGAUGUCUGACUUCCCUUUGUUAUCAGUGACCACAGAUGACCAGUUACAAAGUCUGGUGAGCCAGAUAUCAGGCAAGUGUCGGUUUUCUCCGUCGGAAAUUGAAGAAAUUUAUCCCUGCUCGCCCGUCCAAACUGGCAUGUGGCUCAGCCAGAUCAAAAACCCUGAUAUGUACUGGUCAAGAAUGGAAUGGUCGCUCCAUCCAACGUGCGCCCCUAUCGAUCUAAAUAAGGUGCGAGACGCAUGGCAGCGGGUAGUCGAUCGCUACACCAUUCUGCGGACCACCUUUGCAACUGGCCCUGGGGACCAGAACUACCCCGUUCAAGUUGUGUUGCAAUCAAUCGUCGCAGAUGUGAAGACUAUCUUUUCUGAUGGAAGCAUACACGCAAAUUGUGAUCCGUUGACUCAGCAACACGGCAGAAAGCAACCAUCUCAUUGGCUUAUCCUCAGGCCUCAGCCAGGAGGAGAAGUUCUCUGUGAACUCAACAUCCAUCAUAUGCUCAUAGAUGGCUACACUCGCCGCCUGUUGAUUUCAGACUUUCAGAAGGGUUAUGAUGGACAACUUAAGACUGAUCCAGGAGUUCAGUACAGAUCCUACAUUGCGUACUGUCAAGAGCAAGACGGAAAGGCAUCGCAGGAGUACUGGAAUCGGUAUCUUGAGGAUGUCAACCCAUGCAUCUUCCCUUCUUUGGUUUCUGUUGUUGAUCAAAAAUCUACUUUACUCUCAGUUCCAUUAAACGUUGAUUAUGGUGAUCGAAUUCAAUCAGUCUGCAACGGCCUUGGAAUCACUGUUUUCAAUCUCCUGCAGGUCGCGUGGGGCCUGGUCCUUCGUGCAUACACUGGUUCGGAUUCUGUCUGCUUUGCCUACCUGACGGCUGGUCGGGAGAUUCCUCUUCAAGGUGCACAAUGUAUUGCUGGCCCUCUAAUCAACCUUUUGGUGUGUCGCCUCUCCUUGAGCGAUGAAGAUGGAGUUGAGUCAGCUUUACGGAACAACCAGAGCUCCUACGCAAGUAGUCUGGAUAACCAGAUCUGCACUUUGGUUGACGUGAUACAUUCCUUGAACCUAUCAGGACAGGCAUUGUUCAACACAGCCAUGUCUCUGCAAAAGAAUAGUAUAAAUUGUGAUCAAAAUGGUAGCUCUGGGUCUCGGCUGGAGUAUCGUGGAGGACAUGACGUAACCGAGUUUGACUUGACUGUUAAUCUCUCGGUCAAUGAGAAAAGCGUCAUAUCUGGUGAUCUUACCUUCUGGUCACAUGCACUAUCGGAAGUGCAGGCAGAGCUAAUUGGAGAUGCAUUUCAGCAUGUUAUCGCACAGUUACUCGAUCCCAACAUCAUUAACCUGGGCCAAUUGGAUCUGGUUGGAGCCAAAAACUACCGAUGCAUGAUGAAUUUGAAGGAGAAUAUCCCAGAGGUGGGGACAUCCUGCAUUCAUGAUGUGAUCCAUGAACGGAGUUUGGCCAAUCCAGCUGCAUCCGCUAUCUGUGCCUGGGACGGCAGCUUCAACUACGGUGAGCUGGAUUGUAUAUCAUCAGAGAUAGCCAGCCACCUCCAGGAGCAGGGUAUAAGGCCAGAAAUAUUCGUGCCAGUGUGCAGUGAAAAGUCUCUCUGGGUUGUUGCCGCUGCACUUGCAGUUCUUAAGGCGGGUGGGGCUUUCAUCCUCCUAGAUCCGUCACAUCCCCUUGAGCGAUUGCAAGAUAUGGUGCGUGGGGAAUUUCAGUGCCCCUUGGUGUUAACUUCAUCUCGCCAGAGGCCGGUAGCAAGACAUCUUGCUCAUAAAGUCAUUGUGCUUGAUGGCGAGGAACAGGAAGUGUGGAAGCUCCAUCAGAGUCAGGGCUUACAUCCGAUGAAAGUCUCACCCAAAACACCAGCAUAUGCAACCUUCACAUCAGGGUCUACUGGGAAGCCAAAAGCAAAUAUAAUUGAGCAUCAGUCUUUCAUGUCCGCACAAAAAGCCCAUCAUAGAAUGGUCAAUCUUGCGGAGGGCUCACGGGUGCUUCAGUUCGCGUCUCACGCCUUCGACGCAAGCAUAGUCGAGAUCCUCACCACGCUCAUUGUCGGCGGAUGUGUUUGUAUUCCGCAGGAUAUCGACCGCCAGCAGAGACUAGCUGGAUUUAUUCAGGAAUACCAAGUUGACUGGGCACUGUUGACACCGUCUGUGUCGCGAAUGCUGGAUCCCAAGGAUGUCACAUCUUUAAGAACCUUGGUUUUGGGUGGAGAGGGUAUGACCAAGGAAGAUGUGCGCCGAUGGUCUUCGCAGUUGCAACUUAUUAAUGCCUAUGGUCCAUCGGAAUGCUCGGUUAUUGCCACGGUUCAAUCUUCCCUUGAUGCACUCUAUACAGAUCCUGCAGACAUUGGAAUGCCGGCAGGAGGCGCCACUUGGGCGGUUUCCCCCCAAAAUUCGGCUCAAUUGACCGCCAUUGGGGCUGUGGGAGAACUACUUAUUGAGGGUCCCAUUGUCGGUAGGGGGUACGCAAAUCGGCCUGAGCAGACAACCGCUUCAUUUAUUGAUGCUCCCGCUUGGCUACAAUCUUUCCGCUCUGGGCGACCUGGAAGGCUUUACCUAACGGGAGAUCUCGUAAGGCUCCUGCCCAAUGGAUCAACUCGAUAUAUUGGAAGAAAGGACCGUCAAGUCAAAGUGAACGGGCAACGGAUCGAGCUAGCCGAGGUGGAACAUCAUGUCCAGCAAUCCUUUUCAGGGAGCCCCGAGGUACUGGCCGAGGUGAUCGCCCCAAAGCAAUGCCAAACGACAUAUCUGGUAGCUGCAGUGAACAUUUCGAACUCACAUCUUUCGACGAAAUUUGACAGUGCGGUCACAGAAUCAAGGAAAAUUCUGCAAUCGGACAUCCCUUCUUUCCUCAUACCUGCAGCGUUCUUUCCUCUGCACAGUGUUCCGAGGAUGCUAAGUGGUAAGGUGGAUCGGCCCAAACUGCGUCAAGUGAUGUCGCAUGCAAUGGAGAAACAAUUAGAAGGAACAAACCAAGCUACGGAUCAUGUAUCCCAGGAUGAUUUAAGUCCGAUUGAACACCAACUGCGGUGUCUCUGGUCAAAAGUACUUCGGCGUCCAGCAGAGACAAUUGGCUCAGAUGAUCAUUUCUUCCGCUUGGGCGGCGAUUCGAUUGCCGUUAUGCGGUUGGCAUCAAGCGGCGGACCAGUCGGGCUAGAAAUGGCUGUUUCCAACAUUUUCAAGCAUCCUCGGCUGCGUGAUCUUGCGCGUGUAGUUGCUUGUCACUCCUAUUGUGGAUCCACGUCCGCGACCGAUGCUGUGGCAGACGACAUCGCUCCAUUCAGCCUACUUCAGUCUCAGCAACGUUCCGAAGCCCAAGCUCAAGCAUCUCUUCAAUGCGGUAUAUUGCUGGAUCAAAUUGAAGACAUCUAUCCAUGUACUCCCUUACAGGCUGCCUUGGCUUCCGUCACAGAAGGACGUUCUGGUGCAUACGUCGCAUUCCACCGCUAUCGACUACCUCCCAGCAUUGAUCUGGAUCGGCUGCAUCACGCCCUGGAUAGGGUCCUGAAAACACACGCAAUUCUACGCACCAGACUUAUCUACACGAAUGAUCUUGGUUGUCUUCAGGUUGUCGUAAAAAGUGAUGCGGUCGAUUUCCCGCAAUACUCGUGCGAUAAUGCGAUGGGUUUUGGAAAAGCCUUGGCCCAGUUCAAGGUUUUCCCAGUGCCAGCGUCAGGUUCUGACAUCGAAGAAUAUCAUUUGAUGUUAACAAUGCAUCAUGCGGUGUAUGACGCGUGGUCACUUGCACGGCUAGCGGAGGCUAUAGAUGAGGCCUAUAGUGACCCGGCGUGCGAAUUGCUGAAGCCAGCGCCAUUCAAGCUCUUUGUAAAACACGUCAUCUCCCAAUCCGAGAUAGCAUCCCAACGCUGGAAUACAGAGUUCCAUGGGAUAUCUGUGGUGCCGUUCCCCUCGUUGCCCUCUCCAGCUUACCGGCCGCAUGCGUUGGCCCACUCCCAUUGUGAAGUACCCACUGGGCCUUUUUCCGAGCACUCUGUCACCAGGACCACGGCUACCUGGCUCGCCUGGGCUCUUGUUCAAUCUCAGUACCAGAGCUCCGAGGAAGCUGUAUUUGGUAUUGUCUCAUCGGGACGUCGAGCACCAAUACGAGGCAUCGAAAACAUGACUGGCCCGACAAUUGCCACUUUACCUCUGAGAGUAACCCUUGACGGUAAUAAAACGGUUACCGAGCUACUGGAGGACCUGCAGCAAUGGUCCGUGGACAUAACCGCGGUAGAACAAUUGGGUUUGCACCAAAUCGCUAAGCUCAAUCCGGAAGCUGCAGAAUGCUGCAGGUUUCAGACUUUGCUCAUGGUAACUGGCCGAGAGGCAGACGAUGGCUCUCUGGAGACAGGACUGAUGCAACAUAUUGAGACAACUUCGGGUCUCGGGGCGUUCAGCUCCUAUGCUUUACAGUUGACGUGCAUCCUAAAGGCUGAUAGUGUGAUAGUUGAUGCCUCCUACGACGAGAAUGUAGUUCCUGAAUGGCAUCUGAAAACUAUCCUCGAUCAAUUCAGCCAUACCCUUCAACAAGUCUACCAGAAGCCACGUUCUAUGAUUAGCGACAUUCCCACGUUGAGUCCGUGUGCCAUCGAUCACCUGCGAAGGUGGGCAUUUCCCAAUUGUCCCCCGAGUCCAAACACUGUCAGGGCGAUGAUAGAAAAGCAUUCUGCGAGCCAGCCCCUAGCCCCGGCAGUUUGCUCCUGGGAUGGGAACUUCUGUUACGAUGAGGUGCUUUACCUGGCCCGUAAGGUUGGUUCCUUGCUUGUUACCAAUGGUAUUGGAUCAGAGUCCUUUGUCCCUAUAUACAUGGAACGGUCCCGGUGGACUGUCAUCGCUAUGCUCGGUGUUCUCCACGCACAGGCAGCAUUUGUCCUUCUCGACACUGCCCAUCCCGUGAAUAGGAUUCGGGAUAUUUGCAAUGAAUUUCAACCUUCACUCAUACUGAGUGCAGGGACCAAUAUGUCCACUGCUCAGUCACUAGCUCCUACAGUCAUUUCAGUUGGAGAGGACACUCUCCAAUAUCAGAUGACAACAUCGGACCUACCCAAUAUUCAAAACCCCUAUCAAGCCCUAUAUGCUAUCUUUACCUCAGGAUCUACCGGAAAGCCGAAAGGCGUGGUUGUUGAGAAUGGGGCUUUCGUUACCAUGUCGACUCGGUACGCCGAGCACUUACAGAUGGAUACUACUUCUCGGAUCCUUCAGUUUUCGUCCUACGCCUUCGAUGUGAGCAUGUUCGAAAUGCUUGGCACUUUAAUUAUUGGAGGCUGUAUCUGCAUUUUAUCCGGCUCUGAACGAAAGGAAGGACCGACCGAGGCCGUGGUUAGAAUGCAGCCAUCUCACGCCAUCUUCACACCGUCCCUGCUCCGAGUAUUGGCCCCCGCCGAUCUACCAUCAGUCCAUACUAUCAGCCUUAUUGGAGAGCCAGUCAUUGCCAGCGAUAUACGACAAUGGGCAAAUCAAGUACGCCUACUGAAUAGCUACGGGCCCGCCGAAUGCACCGUAUUCUUCACUAUUCAGACUGGUGUUGAUGUGAGUUCCCCAGCCAACAUCGGAUUCCCAAUCGCAGGGAAUGCGUGGCUUGCAAAUCCGCGGGAUCCUCAUCGGCCAGUACCAAUCGGGGCUGUAGGUGAGAUUCUGCUGCAAGGAUCUCUAGUCGGCCGAGGUUAUCUUAACAACCCUGACCAAACGGCAUCCGCGUUCCUUCCCUGCCCAAGAUGGCUCCAAGAUUUCUCAACAGGUGAUCACAAGAGAGUAUAUCGCACAGGUGAUUUGGCUCGGUAUGAAGCCGAUGGAUCGCUGGUAUUCGUGGGUCGGAGGGACUAUCAGGUCAAACUGCGGGGCCAGCGUUUGGAGCUCGGCGAUGUUGAGGAGAAUAUCCGCCAUCAUUGCCCUGGAUGUUGGAAGAACGUUGUCACUGAAAUUAUCACACCGGCUGGACCGGGUCAGGUAGCAUGUCUAGUUGCGUUUGUUGUACCCAACAACCCUGACAAUACCGAGGAACCAUCUUCUUCUUCCAUGGAUGCGCCGCUUCAACUGGACAUAGCAAUUCCACCCAACCAUGCCGGUCAUAUUACUGAUGCCAACACCCGGCUGUGUGCUGCUAUUCCGGACUACAUGGUUCCGUCUGCUUUUAUCCCUCUGCGCCAAAUGCCCGAGACCGUUGGUGGAAAGCUCGAUCGACGGCGACUUCGAGAUGCUGUCGCCACAAUGACACGGCAGCAGAUCGAACAUUUUGCUCCUAACAUAAAUCUGGUAAAGCAGCCCAUGUCGUCUGACCUGGAGCGGAUGCUUCAAGACGUCUGGGCAGAGACUCUGUCCGUUACACAUGCCGAGAUCGGGGCUGAAGACAGCUUCUUUCGACUGGGCGGAGAUUCGAUCUCUGCUCUCAAGGCCACUUCGCGAGCCGUGGCCAAUGGCAUUCAGCAUACCGUUGGGGAGUUGUUCCGUUGGGAAACCAUCCGGCAAACGGCCCGUCAGUUGGCUACCAAGGCUGAUAUAUCAUCUACCAUGACGAAAUCGCCUGUAAAUCCUCCGCUCUCACUCAUCCAUCCUGGUGAACAUACUUCCAUUGUUUCCUCAUUCUUCGCCGAGAAGCACCCUUUCAGUGCGGACAACAUAGUCGAUAUCCUCCCUACUCUACCAUACCAGGAGUUUUAUAUCCAACACUCGUCUCCCGUUGAAUAUGCGUACCUAUUUCCAGUUGCUGUGGACUUCGAUCGUCUUUGUCGCGCUUGCUAUCAGGUCGUUUCCUGCUAUAGCAUACUGCGGACGGUAUUCGUUAAUCUGGAUGAUCGCAUCUUCCAGGUGAUCUUGCAAAGCCUGGAGCCCAGCUUUGAAUUUGUAGAACAAGAGGAUCCCGAGGCAUAUAUGACACACCUCUCCCGCCAGCGACCGACCCCAACCACCCAACUCCUUUUCAGUCCAGUCAGUUUCAAGGUCAUUACCAGCACCGUUCGGCGAGAAUUUGUUUUUCUUGUCAGUUUGUCUCACGCCCAAUACGACCAGUCCUGUAUUGGCAUUCUCUGGCAUGCCAUUGCCGCAGCCUACGCGGGACAGGAGGUCCCGGAGGCUACAGACUUUGCCAAUGUGGUUCAUCACCGCAUCGGGCAAAAUCAUACAGAUGCCUUCACCUUCUGGAAGGAGUACUUGCACGACGCUUCUCCGGCAGCACUCUCCCCAUUUGGCGUUGCCAAACCCUCACUUCCACCCGUCGAGCUAAAACACCCACCAACGGCAAUGCGAGGUAUUGACCGGCCCUAUCUUCGAUCAGAGGCUACCAUGUCGACGCUAGUCAAGUCGGCCCUGGCAUGGGUAAUCGCUCACGACCACACCAGCCAAUCGGAUCUUGUCUUCGGCCAAGUCGUCCAUGGGCGUGGUGGCUUGCCUCCAGGAAUCGGCAACAUCUUCGGUCCAUGUAUCAAUACACUCCCAGUCAGGAUUACAAUCGACACCUCAUCGACGGUGGCACAGUUUAUGCGAUAUGUACAAACACAGCAGAUGGCUGUUUUUCAACACGACUCGCUAACACUUCCAACUAUUGCAAAACAUUCCACUAGUUGGCCAGAAGAUGUCCGAUUCGGUCUUCGCGUCCAUCACGAGAGUCCGCAGCCUAACAGUUCCUGGGAGCUUGGUGGAGUUGCUUCUUUGGCCAACGCCGGUUGGGGCAACGCGAAGACCGUCCCAGGACAGAUGGAUGUGGUCUCCAUAGAGCGGGACUCGGGCCUCGAUUUGAUCGUGACGGGGGCGGGGGAUGUCCUGGGACAGCCGUUCGUUGACCAAUUGGCAGACAGCCUGACGGAGAUGAUCCAAUUGUUCUCCAAAUAUCCAAAUGCCCCUUUGACAAGUUUGAGGGAUGCGGAUGCAAUGCCCCAAUCCUAUCGCCAACCUACUCCUGUGUAUAAUUGA